UUAGGUUUAGUUCUUUAUGGGUUAGACAAUACAUCAGGGAAAGAGGGAUGUGCUCAUGCAAACAUCGCAUGAAUGUAGGUGUGUGUGCAUUUCCUGCUUUUUGUUAUUCGUUUUGUUUCUCUUGCUUUGUAUGUAGGAGCUAAAAGCCUCCUUUUCUUUCUCUUGCCAUAAUCACCACAUUUUGCGGCAAGUUGUCUGACUUGAGAACUGAGAUCAAGGGAUCAAGGAGCGUCAAAAACAAGUAACUUGUCUGGUGUUUAAGUGGUCCAAGAGUUUGAGUGUGUUUUCUUGGGACAGCUAUGAGAAUUGGAGAAAGGUGGACUUCUGACUUGCUCAUGAAGGCAGUUUGCAUCUACACAAUGAUGUGGUACUAAGUCCUGAGGAUUUUUCCAUCCCUUCAAAUGAGUUCCUGUUUCAAGUUACACUUUAUUUCUGCAACCAGAUGAGUGCACACGUUGUCUGAACUAAGAACCGAGAUCAAGUGAUUAAGGACCAUCAGAGCAAACACUGGUGUCCCUCUGCAUUCUUUGAGCCAAUCUUGUGCUCUCAAGUUACCUAUCUGGUCUAUAAGCUAACUGCCGAACACAAGACAUUCAAUCAUUAAUAAUGACAAUGCAAGCAGAACAGAAAAGCCUCUUUUUUGUCACCUGGAACACAAACGGUAUUAGAGAUACCAGGAUGUUACCACAAAAGUUCUCAAACAUUUUUAAGAGCCUUAGUGACCUUCAGGCUGAUAUUGUCUUUAUACAAGAGACACAUGUUGGGACAGACUGUUACAACAUCUUAGAAGAUGUUCCAGGCUGGAAAGUCUUCUUCACUGUACACAACUCUCGCAGUAAAGGAGUCGCAAUACUGAUAAGAGACAAAGUACCAUUUGAGUACAUAUGCCAUGAUGAGGACUACAGUGGUGGCUACAUUGUGCUCUUCUGUCAUCUGUAUGGUGAACUGUACACUCUUGUUAACAUGUACAAUCAUAAGGCAGACAGAGAUAUCUUAAAUAGUUUAAAAGACUAUUUGAUGGAAACAGCUGAGGGUGUGCUAGUGGUUGGAGGUGAUUUCAACACAGUUUUGCAUCCUAGCUUUGAUCGGAGAUCUUUAAGUUCUCAUGCAAGACAUUCACCAUUCAGAGCUUUUUUAGAAGAUUUUACUGUUUCUCUCAAUCUCAGAGACACCUGGUCAUACAAACGCUCUACUGAUGAGGUCAUUACACGGCGUCAGAAAGAACAGACAGCAUCCAGAAUAGACAUGUUUUUCCUGCCAGAGCACAAAUUGGGACUUGUGUGUAAUAUUGAUGUAGCUGAAGCACAGGGUGUUUCUGAUCAUUAUCCUCUUGUACUAGAACUCACAGUUCAGCACAGAACUGAAACAAUCCUCCCAAAUGUUGCCUUACGGCUGCCGAAGCCUUUUAAAUACACACCUGAUAGAACACCAGGGAAGAUUAGUGGGGCAGAAAUAUUGAGUACCAUUAAAUCUUUGACUGACUUAGAAGAGCACUCACUUGAUAUGGAGCAUGUGAAGUCAUAUAAAGAGCAACGCUGUCAACUGACUGAGACCUUAAAAUACAAAUACAAUUCAAUGAUAGAGAAUAAAGAGGUAGGAGAGAGAAACACCUUUGAGCAUUUGAUAUUCUCUCAAAUUUUGGCAAAGCGUCUCAAUGCAUCCAUUUCCCCUUCUUUCAAGGGAAAGAUAGUGACAAAUCUUGAUACAUUUUCCACUGUGAAAUUUGAGACAGGCCCACAGACAAUCAAGUGGUCUUUCCUUGAAAGAAAACUUAAGAAGCUACAAACUAGGGUGAAGAAGCCACAACCUAGGGUGAAGAAAACAAAAAGGAGGCCUUCUGCCCCCCCACCAGAGUUCAGCAUUCUGGAACGUUUUCUGGAUUGCCUUCUUCCUAAAGACCAAAUCUCUUCUGAACUCAGACUUUUGGAGCCUGGGAGUCCACUCACCAAUGCUAUCUUCAAUCUGGCUCUGAAUGAACUAGAAGCCAUAGUUGUACGUAAUUUAUGUAAGGGAACUGUUUGCUAUCAAAGACAGGUUCUGCGUGUACAUACACCACCAAUCACAUCUGAUUUUGUGGAUAUUUUCAUAAACAAUUUCAAGGAGCAGUCAGGACUUAAAAUACGUAUCUUACAACAUCCAGACUAAGUGGUCUUAAGUUGCUUCACAGAAUUAAUUCUGUUUUCAUUUUAUAUGUUAUAGUAAUUGCAAUUAUUUGUUCCCAUAUUAUUAAUUUUGAUGGCUGACAUGAUUGCAAAUGUGCUCACAGCCAGUAAAGAAAGAUGACAUUUGUCGACUAAUUAUGAUCAAGGCUUAUUGUUUAGGCCUAUAGGUCAAGUACCCUUUUUUCUUAACCAUGGGAAAAAUAAACAUGGGUCCUCAUACAUGUAUAAUACACUGACAAAUUUAUCUCAUUUUUAAUAUACACACUAAUAAUAUCACUAACUUGAGUUUUUUUUCUUUGACAAAAUAUGGGCAAGAUUAGUUAUGUGACUGUGUCCAGGGUGUACCACGACUUGCGCCCGAUGCUCCCUGUGAUAGGCUCCAGGUUUCCCCGUGACCCUGAAAAGGAUAAGCGGCAUAGAAGAUGGAUGGAUGGAUGGAUUAGUUAUGUGCUUUCUUUAAAACGUAAUAAGAAACUGGUCACAGUACUAAUAUCUUCUUAUUUAGAUUACUGUAAUGCUGUACUAAAUUACAAAAUGAAUGUUGCAGCAGAUGUUUUAACAAUUUAGAAUACAUUUUUUUAUUGUAAUGGAGCCAGAGGUGAUUUAUUAAAGAAAAUGGGCAAAAACUACACAUACUACAGAGUACAAAAUAUGGUUAAAACCCCUAUUUGAGGUCACAACACAGACCUUUAAGCAUAAGUAUCUCUAACUUUAGUAACUGUAUUUUGGAACUAUACUUAAGUAUUGUUUUGAGGCAUUUAUAGUUUACUUGAAUAUUAUACAAAUUACAUACCUGUACUCUAACUUAUCUACAUUUGAUAAGAAAUUUUUUUUCCUUCAUUUUUAUUUACACCUUUAAAGUACUCAUUACAAAUCUCUUCUCUCAUCUAGUCAAUCAUUGUAUGCUAUAUAUCAGUAGAAGGGCCUUACAUGCAUUUUAUUUACAUUUCAUUUUCAGUUUAAAAAUAGAAAAGAAUAGAAAAAAGUGUAAAUUGUUUGUAGUUAGGAUACUGUUCAAAUCCAGCUGGUCGCAAAGCUGGUUUUCCCUGUUUUCACUCCUUUAAUCUCAGAAAGAUCUCAUGUCAGAAAAUUGUAAAGGAGUUUCAGACUCUAUAUCUACAGAUUCAGUUUUGAUUUUCUUAGACUUGUUUAGAUUUUCUUUCAAGAGCUAUGAUUUUUGGAUCAAUCUGUAAAAUUAUAGGUUUUAUUUGUACACAUAAAAUGUUACUUUUAUAUCUGUAUACUAUAUAUAUAAUAUAUGACCAUGUCCAGGGUGUACCCUGCCUUGUGCCCGAUGCUCCCUAGGAUUGGCUCCAGGUUCCCCCGCGACCCUGAAGAAGGAGUAAGCGGUAGAAGCUGGAUGGAUAUAUAAUAUAUGUAAAUUAUUACAGCAAUGAUGCAAUGCUUUGUGUAAUCAUUAUAUAUAUAUAUAUAUAUA